ACACUCUCGCUUUUCAUUACUUGAGAUUGGCACAUGCACAUCCAAAUAACGCUGCUACGCUUCGACAGUCCUAUUAUUCGAGACCACGAUUCAUAGCAGAAUUGACGCCAGAAAUGGCUCAGGUAGCACUCAAGGACACAUGCUCUUCAAGGACAAACCGCAAUCACCACUCUAUCAUCCAUGCGCAUAAUAAGCGGAAAAGGCCACACAAGGGACCGUUCUUUGCCUGGAAUGUCACAUAUGCCGACUUAAUUAGCGGCAAAGCUCCACACAUCUACAACACCGAGCGUGCAGGGCACACUGUCUCGCCGAUAUAUUAUGAUUUGCGGUGGCCCCUCCAAGACAGCCAGCUCGGCCAGACAAUUCGUGAUCUUCACAAUACCCUCGAGAGCAUCCCAGCUUAUCUAUUGAACCUGGAGCGAUGGUACAAGAAAACAAAUCCUAAAAAAUCGAGGUACAUCUCUACAGAAGCACAAGACUCAUCCAUUUAUGCAAAUAGCGAGACAAACAGCACAGAUAGGUCUUUCUUGAAAGAGCUUCAUCCUGGCCUGUUACAUCACAUUCACCGCAUUACCAAUGGGUUGAAAUUAUACCACUGGGAAUUUGUUCGAACGCACUUUGAUGACUCUGUCCCCCAAUGGCGAGACGAGGCGCGUAGGAGGCUUUUUAGCAUUAUGUAUCUCGCAUCGGCCUACACAAUGAGUGUUCUCCAGUAUCUUGACGCAGUACACACGAGCGUCGCCCCUGAUAUGCCCCCUGGUCCCCGGAGCAAAUGGGAGCAGAUGCAUGACUCGCUGUGUGCUUCAGGAACACUCAAUCGUACAUACAUAGCGCUGUUCCCCAAUCUCAGCCCUCUGUUAUUGUAUCUUUCCACAGGUACUGAACUUGGCCAGAGACUGCUCAACGAGCAGUACGGGCGUCUCCACCCGUGCUGUAAUACAUCGCAUUAUGAGGAGCUGUACUUGGGCACGGAGUCCGCUUUGUUUCGCCAUAGGUACCCAGAGGAUUUUUUGUGGGUUGAGCCGCUGAAGGGGAGUUAACGUAGAAAAUUGCUGUACUUGGGGAUUCUGAUCUAUCCACAGAUGGCU